AUGUAACAAGAGACAAAAGAGGAACAUUCACUUAUUAAAAUGGAGCAAAAUAUACUGGAGAAUGGUACAACAUUAUUUUAUAUUUUGUUUUGGAUUGGAAUAUGUCGUGAUGGUUUUGGUACUCAGGUUUGGCCGGAUGGGGCAUCUUAUGAAGGUUAAUGGAAGGAUGAUAAGGCUCAAGGGAAAGGCAUCUUUAAACAUGCAGAUGGUGACAUAUGUAAUAUAUGAAAUCUAACAUUCAGAUAAUGGAGAAUGGUAAAACGACAAGGCGAAUGGCUAAGGGAUUUAUUUCCAUGCUGAUGGUUCCAAAUAUGAAGGAUUGUGGAAGGAUGACAAAUAGCAUGGUUAUGGUACUGAAACUUGGACAGAUGGAAGUAGAUAUGAAGGAACCUAUAAAUACGGAAUGAAGGAUGGAUCAGGAACUUAUUAAUGGCCAGACGGGAAGGUUUAUUAAGGUUAAUGGUUGCAAAAUAGAAUGACGGGAUAGGGAGUAUGUCAUUGGAAAGAUGGGAGGUCUUAUAUUGGUGAAUGGUAGGAUAAUAAUAUGCAUGGUCAUGGUAAAUAUACUUGCGUAGAUGGGAAACAAUAUGAAGGAGAUUAUUAUUUUGAUAAAAAACAUGGAUGUGGUACAUUCACAUGGCCAGAUGGUAAAAAGUAAAUAAUGAAACUUAUUUGGUAGAUAUUCAGGAAAUUGGAAAAAGGGCAAGUAACAUGGGAAAGGUAAAAUAAUAAUAGAUAAAAUUGAAAAGUGUGGAAUAUGGGAAAAUGGCAAACGCAUAAGAUGGAUUGAGGAUGAAAAUUGA